AAUGUUAAGAUGUUGGAAAUAAACACAAACAAAACCGUUGCAACAUUUUCAUAGUUCUAUCAUCAACACCAUUAAGUUGAAAACACGGGAAAGUAACAAAUUCAUUUUUAUCAAUUUAUAUAUUGGUAAUGGCAGAGUCAAGUUUGACGUGCAAUUAUAGAAACUGUAAAGAACUGUUAAUCGAUUUUGCCUGUGUGACAAGAUGUUCUCACAUAUUUUGCAUAAACCAUUUUAUUCAAGGCGAGGGUGCAAAUAAAAGAUGUUAUGUAUGUGGGGCAGUUUUAGAAGGGGACUUUGAUGUCAUACGGCAUGAUAGUCUUAACCCAACUGAAGAGGAAAAAUUGUUUUUGCUUGCUGGUUAUUCUUCUGAGGUAAUUUUUAACAUAAUGGUUAGAGCAAUUCAAUUUUGGGAUUAUCAAACAAACGUAAAAGUAAUGCAGUACAAAUAUAAAAUUGAAAACAUGAAAUCCUUCUUAUCUGAAAAAGACCGUUAUAUUGAAAAUCUGACUCUAAAAAUAAAACAGCAUAUUAAGAAGGAGCAGGAGAAAAUCAAUUAUCUAAAAAAUGAGGUUGAAAAGCUGACUGCUUCUGCUAUAAAUUUGGAGAAGCAAAUCGAAGCAAAGAAUCGACAAAUCUCCUACAUGCAGUCCAAGUACGAUGAUCUCCAUCGUCACUCUAUGGCAUCUCAGAUUACACAGGAGACCAACAACAUGGACAUUGAAGAGUUAGCAGAUAUUGUUUGCUCCCAGAGUGCAAAUGUUACCAACAAAAAUCCUCCACCAGCAACACCGGUAUUUGUGUUUGAGCCAAAAGCAAGACAAACUCCUAAUUCCCGAUCAUCAGGCUCCUUCCAUCGCAGUUCAUCUUCUCAGACUGGUUUCCUGUCUUUCUAGAGCUCAAGUCAAAAGUUAACUAAGGGUUACAAGCAGGAACUAUAAUGUAUUGCCAGUGUUAUCCCAUAGACAUAGUAAAAUAUAACUAUUUGCAUGUUGUAUGAGAA